UGCUUGAUUAAUCUUUUAUGAUAACGAUUUAGCUAAAACAUACUGAAACACAGCCGUCGUUCCUGGCUGCGAAACACGAUAGGAGUCCUAUGUUGAUGACAAUCGGUCACCACUUGCAAGUCUACUUUGAAAACUAAAAAAAAUGUAAUUGACCUAAUGAUUGCGGUUGAAAGAAAUUGCAAAGUUAUACUACAAAAUGUAUGAAUAUUUUUCUUUUUAUUGGUGAUUUCCUAGUGAAGAUUAUUAAUCGCUAGCUCCAUGUCUAACAUUUGACAAAUGGUCGUUGUAACAGUAAUAUGGAACCACAAUUGCCAAGAACAGAAACAAUUCUAUUUGAGGAUUCUGUAACGAUAUCAAAAUCCAAGAGGAAAAUGUCGAGCACAUUGUUGUAUUCCAAGAUGUUGAACAGGGGGAAUUUCACAUCAAUCAUUGCUCAAAGCCCGUUACGGGCGAAGAUGCCCAAGGAUGAAGAUGAAGACGAAGUAACUUCGAAAGAAGGAAGAACAAAGAGGGUGACUUUUGCUCUUAACGAAAUUCACCACGAGAUCAGCGAUGGGGAGGACGUACAAGAAAAGCGACCAGUCAGAAAGAAGGUGCCGUCGUAUGCUUUAGGACGACCACUUGCCGACUACGACGCUACWGAUCACGAUAUCCCAUCGCAAGAUACAUAUAUCGUAUUGAGUAAAAGACUUACCUCCUCUACUUACCAGGCCUACCGGUAUAACUUAGCCRCGUCAUUGUAUUGUCUAGGUCCAGUAAAUCCAAUUCGCAUUUAUGCAAUACGUGUWGURACACACCCAUGUUUUGAAAUAUUUGUAAUGUUUGUUAUAUUCAUCAAUUGUAUCAUAUUAGCUUUAAAUGACCCACCAGAAGAUGCGGAAUAUUUUUUUACUGGAAUUUAUACGUUUGAAAUGCUGUUAAAAAUAAUAUCUCGUGGAUUUAUUCUYCAUUCGUAUGCUUAUCUACGAGACUCGUGGAACUGGCUCGAUUUUGUUGUAGUUUUCUUAAGUUAUUUAUCAAUAGCACCAAACAUCGCAAGUUUUUCCGGUAUUCGUACAUUGCGRGUSUUACGAGCGUUUCGAACGAUAUCAGCGUUAAAAGGACUGAGAACAAUGGUSAAUAGUCUACUACGAUCUCUCAAACUACUCAGCGACGUACUAGUGUUAUUCAUGUUCUCGYUAUGUGUCUUGGCUUUGAUUGGAAUGCAGCUUUUCUCGGGCGAAUUAAGACACAAAUGCGUGAGGACUCCCCUACCGAACACUUCUUUGGCAUUUGCAGUGUAUAUCAACAAUGCAAGUAAUUGGUAUUACAAAGAAGAAAAUGAGCCACUUCUCUGUGGAAACUCGUCAAAUGCCGGUCAAUGUCCCGGUAAUUAUACGUGUAUGGGAGGUGCAGGACCCAACCCCGAUCACGGCUACACCAACUUUGAUAACAUAGGAUGGGCGAUGGUCAUGGGAUUCCAGAUCCUAACAAUGGACUUCUGGGAAAACCUUUACGACAGGUGUUUACGUUCAAUGGGAGCGUGGUAUGUCAUGUACUUUAUCGUUGGUAUCUUCUCGUGUUCAUUCUACCUUCUCAACCUGGUUCUCGCUGUCGUCUACAUGUCCUAUCAUCAUGAGAUGAUGUCUAGCGAAAAUGAGGUGAGACAACCUUUUAUAUUUAAGAUGGAUUCCUUUUAUAUUUCCAUUGUGCACAUGAGGAUAAUAACUGUUGUUGUUACACAUUCCCCCUUCAGCUUCAAUUCUCGUUGUCUAAUUUUACGCAUAAUACUUAGUCACGUGACAUGACUUAUUAUUAAAUCACUGUUCUUCAAACCACCAACAAAGGAAGCCAUAAGAAAACAGAACAAGAAAACUGCAGCAUCGUACGCCGCUGACCUGGACACCAUUCAACGCAUCGAGCCCUUAGAAAGUCACCUGUACCCCCCGGAAUACGACAGUGACGACGAAGAUAACGACCAAUCAGAGGGCGAGGAUACAGAUGACGACAGUCGUAAUAUUUGUGAACCCAACACCAAAUUUAAAAAGCUGUACUUGGAAUUGUCAAAGUUUGUUGAGCGCCCGUUGUUUGAUGGGAUAGUUACGGGUCUUAUAUUGUUGAAUACAGUGGUUCUUAGCAUGUAUUACCAUGGAAUGGGUGACCAACUGGUCUUUGUACUCGAUACGUUAAAUGCUGUGUUCACUGGGAUAUUUCUGCUGGAGAUGUUGGUCAAGAUYGCUGUCACAGGGUUCUAUAAGUACAUCUGUAAUAAGUGGAAUCUGUUCGAUGGUGUUAUCAUCCUCUCGAGUGUAGUAGCUUACUUCCACCACAAUGCAUCGGGAAUCAGCAUGUUCAGAAUACUAAGACUGUUACGYAUUUUGUACCUCGGUCAAUCSUGGGAGACAAUGGCAAAGCUAAUCCGAGCYAUCGCACACAGUGUCGACCCAAUCCUCAACAUCACUUGUAUCCUUGGCGUGAUUAUUUACGUCUUUGCUGUCAUGGGCAUGAGAAUUUUUGGACCAGCGUACACCCCAGAGAACUUUGGUCCUGAAGGAGUUCCACGAUGGAAUCUSAAGGACUUUGCUCACUCGUUCAUGAUGGUAUUUCGAAUAUUAUGCAGCGAAUGGGUGGAGCCAUUGUGGGACUGCAUGAAAGUGACAAGUCCUGUKGCUUUGUUUUUCUUUUUACCUUGUCUGAUCGUMGGGAACUUUAUCGUUYURAACCUCUUCGUCGCGCUUCUCCUCAAUUCCUUCGCCAUCAAAGAAGAAGAGUCCCAACAAAAAGAAGCCGAGAAGAAGCAACGAAAACAGYUGUGUACGUGUCGUCAUCUCAUGGAAACCAAAAAGACCCGCAUGUAUGUUGCAACAUUUCGUGAACGAUACAAGCUGUAUCAGGURAAGGUAUUGGAAAGCAGUCGAGCGACUGAACACGGUAUAGGAUCACCACUACAAGAAAGAUAUUCUGAUGUCGCUCCGAAAGGACAAAAAAUCGAUAGGAUUUCUCGUUGUGGUUCAGAGAACUGUUCAUCCAGCAGUAGUUCAACAGAAGGUCACAGAAAUCCCAGUCCCAAGAGAUACAUUAUCGAGAUAGACGAUUGCUUCCCACAAUGCUGUAUGGUYUGCUCGUGUCCYUCCGGACAGCAYUUCUGUUGGCUCAAGUUUCGUUGYCGAGUGCGAUGUUUUGUGGAGCACCGUUAYUUUGAAUGGUUUAUWUUGUUUGCYGUCAUGAUAAGCAGCUUUGUACUGGUGUUUGAAGAUAUUCACCUCCACGAGAAACCUCAGCUGGAGAAGAUACUUAACACUUUGAACUUCCUUUUUGCUGUGAUAUUUAGCAUCGAGUUUUUCCUGAAAGUUAUUGGGUUUGGUUUUGUAAAAUACUUCACUUCAGUGUGGAAUUGCCUCGACGCUCUCAUAGUUUCGGUUUCUGUUGCGUGUCUAUUUGAGAAUCCAAAUCUUUCAGUUUUCCGCUCGUUCAGAACAAUACGUGCACUGCGACCCCUCAGAGCCAUCUCCCGUUUGGAAGGAAUGAAGGUUGUUAUCAAUGCCUUAUUUGCUGCUAUUCCUGGAAUUGGUAACGUCCUGGUCAUAUCACUUUUAUUCUGGUUGAUGUUCAGUAUUCUUGGGGUUCAGUUGUUUGCAGGAAARUUCUUCCGGUGUGUUGAYGACAACMAUGAAAGGCUAUCACCAGACAUAAUUGCUAAUAAAACCCAAUGYGAGAGCCAUGAUAACUAUCGAUGGGUCAACGCUAAUGUCAACUUUGACAACGUUUGCAAUGGCUUCCUUGCUUUGCUACAAGAUCGCUGUCGAGGAAAGCUGUUUGACCUGGUUUCCAGCAACAAUUUUGAGAUCGUAAUCUUGACGGUGAUCAUCUGUAAUAUGGCUUUAAUGAUGUCUCAGCAYUACGACCAAUCACCACAGAUAACAAACGUCAUGAAAAUCGCAAACUUCGUUCUAGUGGGAAUCUUCUUAGCGGAGGCGAUCGUGAAACUGCUCGCCUUGCGACACCACUACUUCAAAAARGCGUGGAAUGUGUUUGACUUUCUUGUUGUAGCUUCAUCUGUCAUAGGUAUUGUACUCGAUGAAAUGAACACAGAAGAGUCAGGAGUGGUCAACGCUGGUCUACUACGAGUAAUACGCGUUUUUCGAGUAGCAAGAUUACUACGAGUUGUACAAUUUGCCAAGCGAAUUCGACAGCUUUUGGUGGCAAUAAUAAUAUCUAUUCCUGCWUUGUUUAACAUUGGAACACUUCUWUUYCUCAUCAUGUAUAUAUAUGCUAUUAUAGGAAUGGCAUCGUUUGGUAACGUGAAAAAACAAGGAGAGCUAGACGACUUUGUGAAUUUUGAAACUUUUGGCAAAUCAAUGAUGUUAAUAUUCCGRYURUCCACGGGUACGGGUUGGAACGAUAUCUUGGAGGCUUUAAUGGUACAACCACCUCAUUGUGAUCCAACUUAUAAAAAUCUACCUAAUGGUAACUGUGGGUAUAUCGUUGAAGCAGUGUUUUAUCUGGUUUCCUAUAUCAUUGUCGUGUUUUUAAUUAUUGUCAAUAUGUACAUAGCAGUAUUAUUAGACAAUGUCAACCGUGCUCACGAGACCGACGACUUUGGGUUAUCCAAAGACAAAUUCAAGAGUUAUUACCAUAAAUUUGCGAACUUUUCGCUUGGAAAACAGUACAUUCCAGUGGAAUUUCUACCCGARUUGUUAAACGAUUUGGAUAAACCGUUUAAAAUUGCAAAACCUAAUGCUGAGGAGAUUGAAAAGCUGGCGAUUCCUGUUCGCGAGGGAAAUCUUGUACAUUGUUUUGAUGUUUUAAAAGCUUUAGUUAAACGUAUUUUACAAGAACAUGGAGAAUCGCCRGAGAUAUUCGAGCAAAUAACCGUCAGAAUGGAGGCGCAAUUUAAGAAGUCUUUCAGUAAGAAAGUAUCUGCUGCUAUUAUUGGCUCAACAUUGAUUCGUUUCCAUAGUAACCCACUGAACUCAACAACAAGCAACGACGCUACGUGAUCGUCACGUGGCCUAAUGCUGAUAUACUAGAGACAGUAAUGGUUUCAAAUAAACGCAUAAUCGAGUCACGUGAGCUACAACUUUGAUUGACUUCCUUGACUUGGAGCUUAUUUCGUAACUUAACGAAUCACAUGACCAUUCACAUGAAUUGGAAGUUCUAGUCAUGCGCAGUAAAGAUAUAAUUCUCCGUCACGUGACAUAUGACCGCAAAAUAAUCGCCCUGGGAUCAACUAGUURCACUUGUUCCAGGWUUCGUUAAUCGAGAAUUUCUUGGAAGAAAUAAUAAACGCAAAUAUAUGGCUUKCAUCAUGUGAAAAAUACUACCAUGGAAACAUGAAGUUGCAACGAUAAUGUUGCUAUGACACUCAGUUGCCAUGCCAACCAAUAGUUUGAUAUUCAURUCAAGCGUAGAAAAAAAAAUUCAUAGUAUUUAUUAGUUAAUAAUUUUUUGAUAAAAUCGUAGAGAUUGUUUAAGAAUAUUUAAUUAAGUGCGCCGAUUGCGCAUAUUUUUAUCAAAAGCAGUGAUAACAAAUUGGACAUUUUUAAGAUGAAAAAAAUGAAUUUUAUAUAACCGAAUUUCUCGCAUAAAAACAAUAUUUAUAGUAUUAUUGAAUAGCUUCGACUCUAAUUACCUUCUUGACUUGGAAUUCCUGUUGACUUAGCCUGAGCCAGCGCAUUCUCAAUACAGCGGUAGUCCAAAUAAAGACUGUUUUAGUUGCUGAAUCUAAUUUUCUUAACUUCUUCUGAAUAAUCCUUGAAUGAAUGAAAGUAGAGUKACUUUCACUUGGAAAACGCGGUCUAAAGUCUACGAUAAUAAGUCAUCGUAUCACUUUCAAAAACGCCAAAAAAGGUGUGGACGGUAUCCAAUGAAAGUCACUCAUUUACUCUUCUGUCGUAAUCGUAACCAUAAGCUACAUUAAAAUCUACGACACACUUCGAGUAUUGUUAUGUAAUUCUGAAAGUCAUUCYGAAUCCUUACAAUACUGGUUAAAACACAUUCCUUUACUUUGUUUGAUUGAUCAUUUAGAUUUAUAAUAUCCAUGAGUGUAGUUAUUGUUUUAAGUUGUUUAUGAUUGCGAUUACAACAUGUCUGUGAACUCUAAAAUAAUGACUUCGAUGUUAAUAAUAAACGAAGUAAAAAUGCAA